AUGGAAGUAGAAGAAGAUGGAUUGGUGGGAGAUAUCAGAGACAACGUGGGUAAAAGUGCCGAGAAGAAACAGAAAUCAGCACUGAAGCACUUCGACGGGUUUCUCCGUCUCUGGUUCAAACACCGGGGAGAACCGUACCGCCAUUAUUCCCAAUUAUUCCAUGAAAACACCGAGGACAGUAAUCGGUUUUGGGAUGCGCUAAUGGGUGGUAUGUUCUCUUAUUUUGCUACAGGCUGCAAUGGUGAGCUUGGCUUUGAAUCGGUUAAUGGCUAUGCCAGUUCUAUCAAAGCUUACUACACCGACAAAUGGAGACAUAAUACAUACAAAUGUCCCGUGUUUGGGAAGCAAUCAUGGGCCACCCUUAGAAGAAAGCUGCGCACUUUAUUUGAGGAAAGGGCACGACAAUCUGGCCAGAAACUAACCAACCCGCACCAAGCUUCUACACAAGACGACAUGAUGGCUAUGGUAUACAGCUGUUUGUGGUUGGCUACGGGUGAUGCCGCUGUUUUUCUAUUGAUGAACAUUGCUAGUCUCCACUACAGUGGCCGCAGCAGUGAGGUAGCAUUGAACCGAUGGAGUCACUUGAGUUCAUGGCAGAUUUGCGAGUUGCACUUCAAGUAUACAGUUCUCAGCACGUACCUGAAGCGACAGAAGUUGGGCGAGGAAACCAACCUGACUCUUUUCCCACACCGUGAAAACUUCUUCGAGGAUAUCUAUUUUGGCAUGAUCUACCGCAUUAUUAUGUUACCGGACAAUGAUGACUAUCUGUUCCCCAAGUUUGCCGAAAAGGCGUUGCACCAGUCUAAAGAAGGGAGAAACGACAGCAAGUUAGUGCCUGAGUUUGUAAGCCAAGUAUUUGCCCACGACACAGCUAACCGAUGGAGCCAAACAGUCCGGGAAUUGCUGGUGGCUUCCAUGCUGCGUUACUUUGACAAAGUGGAGACCGCAAUACAGAAUGCUCCACAUAAAGACUUUGGCAAAAGAUCCGAGGACCAUCCGUUCAUUUCCACGAUUUACGAGUACUGCAGUCGUGCUGGAGUUUCUGAGACAACGUUUGAAGCUUGGCAGGCAGAAGUCAAAGAAGGUUUCUUCGGGGACAAUUUGCCAGCUUUACAAAUCAAAUUAUGGCCUGAUUCGGCACGCAACAACAGAGAUCCAAGGACCGGAACAACAUUGGUGGAUAGGCGAUGCCUAAUGGAUCACUAUAAUACGCUUGCACACCACACAGAGGGGUUGCAUUUGCAGGUUGUUAAAAUGAGGCAGGAAAUGUCGGAGCUGAGAACUGGUCAGGCACAUUUAAUUGGCAUGGUUCAAGCAAUGCUGGCAAGUCAACAAGGCAGUCGAACCUUCAACGGUAGUGGUAUUGAUUCUCCGACUGCAGUAUCCCAGUCAUCUCCCGGCGCCGUUAGCAGGUCUCCUGGUACUGACACCCAAGAAGAAGGCAGGAAAGCAGACUCGGAGCUAUAUGUCACAAAAUUCACCGUUGGUUUUGCCAAGCUUGGAUCAAGUCCCACCAUUGCCAGCGUAUUCUUUUACUUCUUUGACGCACCGGCAAUCACAGCCUAUGAGAGGGAGCUAGAAGAGCAAGAGGAGGAAAAGCCGUCACGAUCAUUAACUUGCAAGUUUUCAAGAGUUAAGAAGACAGUUCGGGUUAUGUUGCUGUUUGUUGAAGAGUAUCCUCCCGACAAACCAACACUGUCUACUGAGUUGAUGCCUUGGCAGGAAGACCUAAGGGAGCUAUCACAAGCAGCAGAGGAAGCACUGAGGAAGGAGAUAUUUCCACAGGAUGAGAAUAAAAAAGUCAAACAGUCACAUCUGGAAGCAACUGCUGUCAAACAAAAAAUUAAGGAGUGGCAAGAUGAGACAUCUGAGCUUUACCGGCAGCUGCCCUCAAACACUCCCAAAGAAGUGGCAGAUUGGUUCUCUACUGAGAAUACUCAAAAAACCAAAUUGCUGAAAAGGAAAAGGAAAGCAUCCACUGCUGUAGAAUCUGUGGAUUAG